AUGAACCACAAAUCUGAAGUUUUAGUCAAAGAUCAUAAGCAUGAUGAUCAUCUUAUUAAAGAUUCUUCCAAAUCAUCUGAUCGUCAGUCAGAUACCCUCGAUUACGAUAACAAAUUAAUGCUAAUUGAAAAAAAGGAGAAUAUAAAGAUGAUCGGAUUGAAAGAUAAGGAAAACGAGGACCGUUUAUCAGAUUCCAAAGAAUCAGAUGAUGAUUUUUUAGAAUGUGAGAGUGAUUAUGAGUUUACAAACGAAUCAGAUAACCAAAUUUUCAAUAAUAUCUACGGAUCUAAUUUAUGCAAAGAUUCCGAAAUUCUUGAUGAGAAAAUUUCAAAUUUAAAUGCAGCAAAGAAAUUAAAUGUAAAAAAUUUUAUGAAAUCAAAAAGUUAUCAUUGUUUACCGUCAUAUUAUAACGGUUUUGGAGACGGCGGCCAAUUCGGCUACAUACCCAAGUCUUACGUACCUCUAGAUCCAGAAUUAUUUUCACAUGCUAACCGUGAGGGUGGUUAUUCCUCAGGUUUUCAGGGCCAAUUCAUAGACCCAGAGCUCGUCCAGAACAGAACUAUCCCAUCAAAAUCAUUCCUAUCCAGACAGAAAAGAAAAGGUUCACAAGAUAUGAGUAAUGUCAUUUCCCAAGAUCAGAACGAAAAUUCUGCAAGCGACUCCAUAUAUGAAGACGCUUCAGACAUACCCUCAGAAGUAAACUCUGAAUUGGAGUCCAGAAUCAUUGAGUUUCACGAAGCAAAGAAAAGCCUAAGCACCUCAGAAAAUGGCGAAAUUAACGAGGAUCCAACCAAACAGGAUUCUAUGAGUAAUAUGGUUUACGAGCCCGAAGACGAAAUUGAUGAACUGUUUGACAGAGUCAUUAAUUGCGAAUAUGACCCAGAUUUUACAUUCCUCCCAGUAGCACUGGACCCCUAUGUCAAAAUUUCCAACAAAUUGAUUGCCAAAAGAACUAAACGUUAUGGACGUCAAAUGUUAAACUCAAAGGGUACUAAAAAGUCACCUGGGGGUUCAUCGGCAGCAUCAUCCGCAUCUUCAUGCUCCGGUGAGUGCGGAAACAUAUCUACAGACCAUAAAGAUGUAGAUUCAAAAUUAAAGAUUAAACCCAUUGACAACGGGUCGUCACUUUCACAAUAUGUUCAAGAUGAACCAUUGGCAGCUAAGGACGGUUUAAUCUUGGAUGAAUCACGUGGAAAACAGAAACACAAGCCUGUAGAUAAUGAAAGAGAGCGUCUAAAAGCUAAGGAAAUUGACGAGUACAGGCAAGUUCUAAGAUUAGAUACAAGCAUUGAGCCUCGAAUAAAGUUCCAUGACGUGCAAGAGUAUGAUAGCACAGACUCUGAAGUUGAAAAGCAAAAAGAGUUUGCUAGAGUAUUGUUUGAGGCCACUAAGGAUGAUGAGCGAGAACAAUAUGUAGAUUCAGAUGAUGAAGAUUUAUCGCCAAACAUCAAGAGUCUUAAAUUAAGCAAGAAAUCAGGCGAGGAAAAGGUGAAGUCUGAAAAGAAGUCGAAAAAGUCCAAGCAUAAAUCUGACACGGAAUCUGAGGAUGAAAAAGUUAGUAAAACAGAUAAAAAAUCAGAUAAAAAGUCUUCAAAAUCAUCAAAACAUAUCAGUGAAGUUGAUAUUGAAAAGGAUAACGGGAAGGUUGACAAGUCAGAACCUGAAAAGGGAGGAAAAGUAGAUAAAUCAGAAGUUGUUGAGAAGCCAGAAAAGGGAGAUAAGAAUGAAAAGCAUAAAGAUAAAAAGCCUGAAAAGAUUAAAAAGGUAGCUUGGAAAUCAACAGACUAUGAUAUGAUUUUCAACACCCUUGGUGAGUGUUUCUCAUCUGGACACAUUGGACACGACACGAAUCCAAUAGUUCUGAACAGAAAGGGGUUUUACACUUUGUUCUUCAGGAACUCAAAGUACCCCUAUGACUCGAACAUUGACUUCUAUCUCUUCAGGAUUGGAUUCAAGUACUCCCUAGUGAAUGAACCCAAAAACCAACCCCUGAUCAUAGGUAUUUAA